GCCAAAUCUCUCUAGGUGUGUAAAUUCACGCGACGACCGUGGUCGCCUGAGGAGCGAGCGGGCACCGGAGCAGCUGUUUUCUUAUCAGCGGAAGAUUGAUUGAUUUUGCAGCUCAGAGAGGAGGAGGGCAAGCGAUCGGAGCAUGGGGAGUACGGUGGACGCCGGAGGAGCUCCGAUCCCGACUUCGUCGGUGCUGAUGGCGGCGUCGAAGCACAUCGGAACCCGGUGCCGGAGCGAGAACGUGGCGUUCCUCAAAUGCAAGAAAAACGAUCCUAACCCCGAGAAAUGCCUCGACAAAGGUCACCAGGUCACUCGCUGCGUUCUUGGCCUGUUGAAAGAUCUCCAUCAAAGGUGCACGAAAGAGAUGGAUGCUUACGCAGGGUGCAUGUACUACCACACCAAUGAGUUUGAGCUGUGCCGUAAAGAGCAAAACGAGUUUGAGAAGGUGUGUUCGGUUUGAUCCUCCAAACCACUGCCCAUAUUAUAAGAAAUAAUUCCGGCAUGUUUGUAAGACAAGUCGAUGUAACUUGAUUGAACCCGCUUUUAAAUGAUUCUAUAAUAUAAUGUCCUGUAUUGCCUCUGUGCUAGUGUGAGACAUCGAUCCCCCCCCCUCCCUGUUGGCCUAUUUGUAACCUUAAACUGUGGAAUCAUUUGUGUAUACUCUGUUUUUGAGUGUUUCAGUUUGGGCCUAUGUUGUAAUGAUGUUUUUAUCCUGUUUAGAGAAUUCAGUUGCUAAUGAUGUAGUAAUUAUGCUUUUGUAGCCUAAUAAUAUGUUGCCCUCCUC